GCAGAUCGCUGGCCCGGGACGUGAUCCGCCGCGUCGUUUCGAGCCGGAUGAUUCGAUAGUCUUUCGAAGCUCUCUCCGGGUUACCUGUUCUUCGUGGCAAGGAGAGGGAAGUUUACACAUAGAUAAACGGGAAAACGUGUCUUUCGAGACCAAACAAGGAAAAAUCGGUGUUAAUUAUAGAGAAUCGUUUCGAUAAGCGAAUAAACUCGUACGCUUAUGACGAGACACGGAAAGGUCGGUGACUAUUAGAAUCAUUCGCGGCGAAAAACAAAAAGAUCUCUUUGAUAGUCCUUCGACAUGAGCAAUUGGAGAAUUGGUGAUAAUUCGGGGAAAUUCUUUCGAUCAACAGAAAAAUUGGUCGUCUGAAACGAGAUACAGGAAAGCUCGUUUGCGAGUACUUUUAUACGAAAGACUGGCAAAUUGAUGACGAUUAGAAACGAUCGUUACUGCGUCUAUCGAAAAAAGUUGAAUCGUUGCGGAACUCUAGUAAUUUAUUUACUUGCCUACUAAUCCUUCUCCUCAAAACGAGAAAGUUGAGCAACCUGUGGCCAUUAGAAGAAUUGUGUCAAAAUUAGUGUGCGAUUUACUCAUCCAAUUAAGACUUUAAAAAUCCUUCAAAUUAAAAGGUUGAAAAACUUGCGAAGAUUAAAGAGAACUGUUACGAAAUAGGUGUUUGUAUCUGUAAUUAUAAGUGAAGAAAAGAAGCAAAUUUUGAAGCUUCCAGUGGUGAAUCGUGGGUUCUUCCAUGCGAAGGUUGCGGUGACAUGGCUGCCGCCCUUUUGGGCAAGUGCGUUGGAUUACUGGCUCUGGUGUUGCUUCUCUAUAGUUGUUGCUAUGGCUUCCGUAUUCGAGAUCAUCCAUCGUCGACGGAGCAACCACAUCGCGCCACCUGCACUUCCAUCUUUGGCAGAUGCCAGGAGAGGACGAUCACGGCCACGUCGAACAAAAAGUGGCACGACACUUCGCGGCUUGCCAGUGCUCCUAGGAAACCACCUGUCGAGCUGACGUCAACGGAUGACGAUAGAGUAACAGAAGAAGAAAAGUAUAUGAAACAUGAGGGAGGUGAACGUGACUCUGAUUGGAUAGAGAAGAGUCUUGAAGAGGAUGAGGAUGACGAAGUGAUCGUGGAGAUAGAAGAAGAUACUGACGAAGUAAUUAUGAGUUACGAUGAGGAUCAGGAUGAAAGAGAGGAAGAGGAGGAAAAAAGUGGAAAUGAUGAUGAUAGUGAUGAAGAAGAAGAUAGAAAAGUAAUUAUGAAGAAACUUGUAGAGGAUACCGAGGAAGAUGAAGAGAAGAGCGAGAAAGUGGAUUCGAAGAAGAAAAUAAGCUUGGAGAAAGGUUUGAAAUCUAAGAAACAAGAGAAGGAUGAAAAGGACGAAAAUGAGGAUGAAGAAGAAAAACAUGGAAAGAAAUAUAGGAGAGAUGUUCAUGGAAAACUGGCUGCAAAGAAACUUGUAGAAGAUAUAGAGAGAGAUGAGAAGACAAGUGAGAAAGUGGAUUUGAAGAGAAAAAUGAGUUUAGAAAAAGGAUUGAAAGAGAUAAUGAAAUCUAAGAAGCAAGAGAAGGAGGACGAGGACGAGGACGAAGACGAGGACGAGGACGAGGACGAAGACGAGGACGAGGACGAAGACGAAGACGAAGACGAAGACGAAGACGAAGACGAAGACGAAGAAGAAAAAAUUGUUUUACCUCCACCACGAAAACUAGAAAAAGUUAGACACGCGGACAAAGAUAAGGUUAGGUCAGCAGAAAUAGCAAUUGUUACAGAAAAACCAAAGGAAAUACCAAAAGUAGAGAAGAAACCAGAGGAAAGCGUGAAGAAGAUUCAAAAAUUAUAUGAAAAGAAGUCGAUGGAAGAACCAUCGAAGCUAGUUGAAGCCACGAAGAAAGUGGAACCCGUGAAAAUAACGAAAGCUGAAAUCGAAUCUCCUGAAUCGAAAAUUGUCGUGAAGCCGGAAAAAAAAGCGCAGAUUUCAGUGAAGACAGAAGAAACGGCGAAGGUUUCAGUAAAGACAGAGGAAAAAGCGAAAGUUCUGGUGAAGACGGAGGAGAAAACGAAGGUUCCGGUGAAGACGGAGGAGAAAACGAAGGUUCCGGUGAAGACGGAAGAAAGGACAAAGAUUUCGGUGAAGACGGAAGAAAGAACAAAGAUUCCGGUGAAGACGGAAGAAAGGACAAAGAUUCCGGUGAAGACGGAAGAAAGGACGAAGGUAAAACCGGAAGUGUCGAAAACACGGGAACCGGCAAAAGUGAAAACAACGAGUGCUCAAGCUCCGGCUAAAGUUACAGAAGUUAAGCGAUCCGAUAAAGAUGAGUCGAAAGUAAAAACGAAAAUGCACGUGGAAGCUUCUUUCACUUUGGCUCGAUUGAACGAAGCGAUACUACGUGUACCGACAUUCGUGCCAAAUUUCACGGCCGUUGAGAACUCCGAAUGUCAGCAGCAUGGCAAAAUCUUCUUACGACAAUUACGGGGUUAUAAGUUAUGGGCGUUGCAAAUGUUAGAUUCGAGCGCAAAAAUUCCAUCGGGUCUAUUGCGAGGGAACGUGAACCAACUUGGAGAUUUUGACGAGUGUUUGGGUGUGAUGGCGCACGUGAAAUUGAAUGAAAAAACGAUAAGGGUGCAGGGCAAAUAUUGUUUGGCCAAUAUAGAUUUGUAUCCAUCUCAUCCGGACAUGAAGCUUCCGGUUAAUAUGAUGCAGGCACGUUCUUUCAUAAGAGGAAGUAUGUAUGAUCCUGGUCACUUCAUUCCAAAAUUCACGACGGUGAACUGGGCAGUGUGUCUUCCAGCGGCGUGUUCCGCUGAAGACGCACGAAUCGUUGUCGAGGAAGCAUUGAACGACUAUAACUCUACCGUAGGAAUUACAUUCAUGGUAGAUGUCAAUCCUAACAUGUGCUACGUCAAACAAAAAUCACGAAGCUAUUCGAAAGAGACGAUCGGUGUUCUAUAUUUCUACGCAAUGAUCGUCUGUCUCGUCGCUGUAGCAACCACGAGAGAUUAUUUAGUGGUGUCGGAAGGAAAAAGAAACUAUUCGGAGAGAAUAAUAAUGUCCUUUUCCUUACGGAGAACCCUCAAAUCUUUAUUCAGUAAAGGAUCCAGCUAUGUCGAUAUUACAUGCAUUCAUGGAAUAAGGACACUCGUCACGAUUAUGCUUUACAUUGGUCAUCAAAUCAUACCGAUUUCGAUGUUGCCAUUUUCCAAUCGAAUCGAACUCACAGAGGUAGCGAACUCUCCUAUCAGCUCGAUAAUGAGGGUGUCAAUGGUUUACACAGACGCGUUUUUAUUGCUUAGCGGUGUCCUAGCUGCUUUCAACAUGGCGCACGAAUUUAUAACACGGGGCGAGAUUCGAUGGUUUUGCCGUUUUAUUGCCAGAUAUAUCAGACUCACCCCAGCGUUACUCGCAGUGGUAUUUUGGUACGCAUUCAUAAUGGAGCACAUUGGAUCGGGACCACAAUGGAAUAGCGUCAUAGUACCAAAUGCAGAGCUUUGCAAAAGCAACGCGUGGACGAAUUUGUUAUACAUACAAAAUUUCUUCCCCUUCGAAGAGAUGUGUGCAACCCAUACCCACCAGUUGGCUUUAGACAUGCAAUUGUCACUAUUAGCCCCAAUGUUGGUAUUCUUCUUAGAAUGCAGGCCUAUCAUUGGGAUUCUUGUAAUAUUUUUCUUCGUCUUAUUGUCAGCUACACUCCGUUAUGUAGCAACGAUGAGCAAUUAUCUUUCCGUUGUUGUUUUCCAUGGAAUGUCAUUGAAGCACCUUUACAGGACUGCCAAUUUAGUUUACGCAUUACCAUUACAUAGAGCAACGCCGUAUAUAUUUGGUAUAGGACUUGGUGUGUUAUUACGGCACACAGGAAGAGAUGUCAGAAUCCACAAGGUGUUAGUGAUCUUGGGAUGGUUGAUCGCGAUGGCCUUGGGAUCCUGGUCGUUAUUUUCACCAUGGCACUUAGCCAGAAGGGACUAUGUGUACGAUGCUGAAGAAGCAACCAAUUAUGUUGUGAUCAGUCCAGUCUUUUGGACCUUGGCUUUAUGUUGGCUCAUUUUUGCGUGCUACACCAAUCACGGAGGUAUAUUAAAUAGAUUCCUUUCGAACUACUGGCUAUUACUCUUCAGCAGAAUAUCGUACGCUGUAUAUCUAACACAAUUCGCAGUAUUUUUCUACAAUGUUGGGACCACCAGACACUCUAGCGAAUUUCAUCUUCACAGAGGCCUAGAUCUUCUGGAAGCAGCAACAGUCAUAAUCAUCUCUAUCAUCCUAACCUUAUUCUUCGAUAUUCCUAUGCAAGAGAUCAAGAACGUGCUUAUGGAGAGUACAGACUCCCUAAACGCAGAAGUAUCAAUAUCAGAGAAAUCAGCAAUCGUCGAGUCUUCAACCUCAGAAAUCUCGAAAACCUCAAAAGCUCCAAAAUCAGAACUCCAUGAAAAGAAAAUGUUCGAAGAAGAAGAAGUAACUUCAACAGGCUGGGACUGGCAAAGAGACAUAGUAGAUGGUGGUGCAAAAUACUCCAAUGAGAGCAUAGAAGACGAAGAACGAGUAGACAUGCCUAUCUUAAAAAAGUCAAGUGGCAGAAGACGAUCAUUUAUUAGUCAUGAACCAUCUGAAGCCGAAUAUCUGUCACAUUGGCUAAAGAACGAUAACAAAAGAUUCUCAAAUAGUGCUGAAGACUAUAGAGAUCGUGGAAGAAGAAGCAAAAGCAGUCAAAGGGAUUAUCAGGAGAACGAAGCUUUAAGAGCACAACAAGAGCGAGAAGAAUCAAUUAAACGAAGCAGACGCUCUCUGUCAAGAAGCCUCGACACUAAAAAAUUAUCCACACGGGACAGCGAGGACGAGGAAGACUAUCCAAGAACCAAAUAUGAAGAAGAAGACGAAAAUGAUCCGAGGUACAGGCGAUCGCAGUCCAGAGGAAGAUCCGUGAUCAGGGAAUCAGACGAUUAUCGUUCCUGGGACCUACCUAAAGAUUCCAAAAGACUUCCCAGAAAAUCCGAAGAACGCGAGCCUAUACAAAGACAACCAAGAGUCUCAAAAACUUUUUCUUCAGAAAGCGAAGAAGAACAUUUUCCUCAACAGAGAAGAAUUGAAAAGAGACACGUAGAACCAAGGAUCAGCGACGAAGAGGAUUGGGAGAGCGAGUUGAGAAUACGUCGAAAGCAAUUCAUGGAAAAAUUGGCGACACGAGAUCCUGCAUCUGAAGAAGAAAACUUGAUCUCUUUACGAAGAUCUUCAGCGGAGGGAAAGCUAGCAUUGCUAAAAGAUCCAACAGGAGAUGACAAUAUGGAUUCCUGGACGGUUAGUGUAGGUUCGCGUGUUGCUCAAUUAGGUUCUUCUCAAGAACGAAGUGAACCUGAAGACGACUAUAUUCGACGAAGAAGAGAAUAUCGUGAACAGGCUCCACCUCCAAGAGAAGACACCCAAAGCGAAGAAGAAGCGAUUUGGGAUUCCACAAGAAAAUCUUAUACCAGUAGUAGUCAGGUGACUUCCAUCGAAGAAGACGACGAUAUUGAUACUUAUAACUUCGUUCUAACAAAAGAUAGUAAGAGAAAAUCUGUUCAGGACCUUUCUAGGUUACCUCAGGAAGAUUUUGACUUUGUAGAGUUUGAAUUGACUGUUGGAAAGAAAGAGGGUGAAGGUUUGCUUAGGUCUUCUUCUGGUUUGUAUAAAAGAGAGUCGAUUAUUAAAAGCCAGGCUAGUGAAGAAGAUCCUGAGUAUCUUCUUCCCGAAAGGCCAAAAUUGGUGCAGCAGGAGAGAGAGCAUCCUUUUAAGAAAGCUUGGCAGAUGCAGAAGUCUAGGUCUGAGGAAGAUAGCGCUGCAUACAUUAUUAAAGAAUCUAAGGAACAAUCUAAAACAGAAAUGAAAUCGAAAGAUGACGAAACUAAGGAGACUAAAGAAAUUAGAAAGGAAUUUAGUGGAGAACAGUAUGAAGACACUGGCAUGUUUGCUGAUGAUGAGUCAGAAUCGGUUAUGCUGGUUCAUAGUAGUAGUGAUAUUGAUGAUAACACGAGAAUGAGUUCGAGGUCUGAAGAAACGGAGUCAGUUUCAACUGAGAGGAGUAAGAGUUCUAAGAAAAAUAGUGUGAAGUCAUCGGAUGUUGAGGAGGAUUCUCUGAGAUCUAAUUGGCCAUCGGAGGAGGAGCAAGUUUAUAGAAGCGGUCCUAGGAGUAAAUCGGAGGAGACAGAGUGGAGCUGGGAAAGAGAAGAGACUUGAUGAAAUGAGUGAGUUAUGGAGUAAGAAAAAUGAUUAUAAAUUAAAUAUAACGAAGUAAAUUAUUCUGCUUGGAUUGGUUGAGAGGGAAGGGGAAAACGAAGCGGACUGGAUUUUGGGAAGGAAGGAGUGAGGAUUUGAAAGGAAAAAUGGAUCAUUGAGGAGUUGAUGAUUGAUAGAUUUAAUUAUCGUUCCGUGAGAGAGAAUAGAAAGAACGUAUUUUUACAAUCGUUUUAUUCUUAUGCGUGUAAAGAGGUGGAACGAUUUACAGUCAAACAGAAGUCUACGUACACCGCUACUUAUAAAUCACAUAAAGCUUCUAAUACAUUAGCUACACAGAAACCGUGUACGAGUUAAAUAAAAUCUUAACUUUUGGUGUUGAUAAAAUUAAAAUUAAAAUUUCGUCCCAAGAGUUUGUGAGCUAAAUGUUAUUAUUAUUUUAAUUUCUUCUAGAUAUAUGUUAAUAUAUUGAUCAAAUUCAUUUUAUGUCUUAAUGAGAAUUGAGUAAGAUAUGUAGAAUUUUGUGACCGAUUGUACAUCUUCUCUGCAGUUGUCUCCUGUUUCUGGUUUCAAGCUCAAGAUCGUUUAUCUGUAUUUAAAUCUAUCGUCAAAACACAUAGGUCGAAUGUAAUCGUGGAAUUACAAUACAUGUUAAAAGCAUUGCGAAUGACAAGACCAAAUUAUGAGACCAUUUUCCGUAGAGUAUAAUAAAUUAUUCGUUAAAUAUAAAUAUAUUAGCAUUGUAAAUGAAUGAGAUAGUAAUAUUGGAAAAUUCCGUAUUUCUUCGGUAUUUAUGACGUUCCUUAUCUUCUUACAUUUGAUGGAAUUUGUUUAUUGUAAAGGAUGCGAAGAAUACUAGUAAUAAAAUUAUGCUAAAUAAG